CUUCGUCUUCGCACCCCACACAAUCGAAGAGUGGAUCUCGCAGAAAACGAAGUGAGCUCGCAGAAGACGCUGCACAGCACUGCCCCUUAAUUCUAAACCCAGCUGAAUGUCGUCGUAGACGCCGGAAAUUACUAGACCAACAAAGAUUGGCUAUAACAGGACCAUUAGAUAACAGUGGCCAAUCAUUAGGAUGUGGGCGAUUCAGCCAAGAUUAUAUUGAUGCUUUAAAAGGAUCUGAAGAUGACAUUCGAUCCACUCGCCACACUCCAUCCGAAAUCCAAACACUGGAUAGUUUGCGUCCGUGUCUCACGGAAAUGGGAGUAUCGUGGUGGCACCGACGAUGGACCAAUAGCUCACAUAGACCUUGUGCUUGCCGAUGAAAAGGGAGAUGCCAUAUAUGCUGAGAUACCAAGCUCUGAAGUGGAUGUCAUAAGUCCUUUGAUCGAAGAAGGUGGCAUCUAUAUCAUCAGCCGUUUUAGAGUAUCAAGGGCCAAAUCUCUGUACAGGCCAAUUGAUGCACCUUACAUGAUUGAGUUCACAUGCUACACCAAGGUAUAUCCAGCAAAGAACCUGCCUGAAACAUUCCCAAGAUAUGUCUAUAACCUCACACCUUUUGCCGAGCUACCAAAAUACGCUGGUGAAAACAAAUACUUCCUAGAUGUCCUUGGAAUCAUCUCCGAAGUUUCUGACACAACUUUGCUACAACUCCCAAAUCAAUCAGCUGCCACUCUAAAUAGAAACAUAAUCCUCAAGGAUCUCAGCAAUGUCGAGAUUAAGCUAACCUUAUGGGGACAGCGUGCUGCUGAGUUUACCAUCGAUGAAGUUUACAAUGAAGAACAAGGUAAACCAAUUGUUGUGCUCAUCGUUGGCAACCUCAUGAAAAGUUUCGCUGGUGAAGAAUACCUAAGUGGAAAUACUGCAUGCCGCUGGUAUUUUAACCCUGCAAUUCCAGAAGCUGAAGAGUUUUAUAACAGCACUCACAACCAGCGGCUCACAAUCAAGCGUACCGCUGCUCCUCCACAUCAAACAGCACGACUACAAGGAUCACUACAGCUCGAAGAUAAGCAUCUUCUUGACUUAGAAACAAUGGACCCAUAUGAUUUUCCGGAGGGUGGAUGCCGCUGCACCGUUACUAUAACACGCCUAAUCUUGACCACACCAUGGUGGUUCCCAUCAUGUAACAGGUGCAACAGAGCCUGCACACCAAGUGGCGAUGGUUACAAAUGCAACACAUGUUCCUGUACUGGCUAUCGCUUCAAGUACAAACUGUCCUUCAUUGCAAACGAUGGAACUGCAGAAGCUGAAAUGAUAGCUUUCAGAGAAGUUGCUCGCCGCAUUGUUGGUAAACCAGUCCAGCAGGUGUUGAGAUUAGCAAGAUUCGCAAAUGACACCCCCCCCCCCGAUAUUGCAGCCAUAGUAUCCUUAAAAUUCGCCUUUGCAGUUGCUCUAACAGAGCAGAGCUACUAUAAUCCCAAGAGAACAUACCAGAUCACUUCCAUCGUCGCUUCUUAUGGGAGACAACAUACAGUCCCACAUAUAAAACUCAACCAGCCCAAGCAACUACCAAUCUGCCAGACAGCUGACCCAAUACUCUAGCAACACACCUAUAGCACCAAUCCUGAUGCUACUUUACCUGAUGGUAGUGUUCCAUCUGGAAUCAAGAGCGGUGCAUCUUCAUCGCAGCCAGAAACACAGAAAACACCUACAAAAGAUAUACCAGCAGAUAAUGUAGCAUCGUACUCUUUUUUAUCAAUUGUUUAAUCACCCAUAGAACAUGCAAUGCUUCUCUGCCAUAACCUAUCAAUAAUACAUUGAAGUUGUAUUGCAGACCCCUCCACCUCCACUGGAAUACGACGAAUCACCUCUGAAGAAACCUGUCCUUCCGUAAGUGCCAUCAACAAGAC